AUGAAAACUAUAGAUAAAUAUACAUUGCUCAAUUAAAUAGGGUAAGGAUAAUAUGGCAAAGUAUAUAAAGCUAAUAAACAUAAUACUCAAGAAUAUUAUGCAAUAAAAGUCAUCAAACUAACUCGAUUUAAAUAAUUACCGAAAUUAACUUAAUUCACAAUGAACGAAGUCGAAACAUUAAAACGGAUUAACAACCCAAAUGUUAUUAAAUUUAUUGAACUAUUUAAUUCUAAGAAUAACUUAUAUUUAGUUUAUGAGUUUUGCAAUGGUGGUAAUCUUGAAGAGUAUAUUCAAAGAAGUCGUAAUCUUAGAGAAAGUGAUGCUAUGGAUAAAUUUGCAUAAUUAUUGAAUGGAUUUGAAUCCUUAUAAAAAGAGAACAUUCUACAUAGAGAUUUAAAACCUUCCAACAUUCUAUUACAUGAUAACAUUGUAAAGAUUGCAGAUUUCGGUUUUUGUAAAAAUAUUGAACCAUUUGAUCUUACUUAAACAAUGGUAGGAUCACCAAUCUACAUGGCACCUGAAAUAUUACUUGGUGAACCUUAUAGCUUUUCUGCUGAUAUUUGGUCUUUAGGAGUCUGUCUUUAUGAGAUGCUUUUUGGAAGAUGUCCCUAUGAAGAUGUAACCAUUCCAAGAUUAAUGUACCAAAUACAAAAUCAACCUGUAACGAUGCACACCAUAUUAGUUAACAAUCCCUUACCAAAUUGCAGAGGGAAUCGAACGAUUAUUAAGAAGGAUGCUCACUGUUGAUCCAAGACAGAGAAUAUCCUGGCAAGAACUAUUUUAAUUAAGGAUCCCAAAAAAUCAAAAGAGUGUCUCACCACUCACUAAUAGUAAUAAAAGAGGUGUAUCUCGUAAGUGUAAUAUAAUUUAAUAUUAGCAAUUAGAUAAAAUUCUUCACCUUAUCAAUAAGUGUUCUAGAAGAAGAAUAGUCAACAUUUCUCUUCAAAAAUGACUGAAUCAUCUGAAAAUGGAAUAUAUACUAAUAUUAAGAUUAUUUUAUAAUAAAGAAGAUAAUUACAUGAACAUAUUUAAGCUAUUAUAAAACUUUUGGAAGUUAAUGAUAAUGUUCAUGUUCCUUUAAUGGUACUCUUUAUGAUUAGAUAUAUUCAAUCUCAAUUGAAAUUAAAUUUCGACUCUCUUAUCAGAUUAAGAGAAUUCAAAAAUACAACUUAGUUCGAAAAGAUAUCAUUUAUUUAUAAGGAAGAUGAAAAGUAUUAUUAUAUCAUAAUUAUAUUUUUAGUUAAAUCCUCUUAGUUGAAAAGUAGAUAGUUUAGGAAUUGAAUAAAUCCUAAUGUCCUUCUGAUAAUGUGACCACUGAAGAAUUCUAAUGGAAUACUAAAUAGUUUUUACGUACCAUUUCAGAUGAUAUACAAUUAUCAGAAUUACAGAAAUAUUUUUAUAGAUUUUUAGAUUCACUUAAUAAAUGA